CUUUUACAACAGCUGUUUUUGACAUUUGAUUGUAUAAGAAAAAUGUGAAAACAACAUCGUAAUUUGUGAAACUACUAGAAUCAUACAGCUGGAGGAAUUUAACGCGCUUACAUAAAAUGGCAAGUUCUAUUAUUGUUGCCGGCAUUGGAUUGGCCGCGGUUGGUUUUGCUGGCAAGCACCUUAUGCGCCGCAUGCCUGCUAUGGCCACUAAAUUGAAUGAGACCAUGAAAAACCUGCCAAAAUUUGAUGCGGAAACUUUAGCGAACUCAAAGUAUUACAAAGGUGGUUUCGAUCCGAAAAUGAAUAAACGUGAGGCGUCUUUAAUCUUGGGCGUGAGUCCCAGUGCGUCUAAAUUGAAGAUAAAGGACGCGCAUAAAAAGAUUAUGUUACUGAAUCAUCCUGAUCGCGGUGGCUCACCUUAUUUGGCAGCAAAGAUUAAUGAAGCCAAAGAUUUCAUGGAUAACGUCAAAUGAGCGUUACGAAUUGGAAGUGUAAAAUAAAGUAGUGUUUUAAAUUUAGCAAUAGUGGAGAAGCAAAAUAAUUUUAAAUUCAUGUUUUGGUUAUUUUAUAGAAAAUAAAGUCACCAAUGUCAUUA